AUGACGGAGAGCCUUCCCCACGGAAAAGAGGGCGAAUCAGGGGUGGCAGCGCGGCAACAAAGAAGGUGCGGCAGGAGAGCAGGGGCUAAAGAGGGAUCCGAGAAGCUUCAGGUGCUGUCGCGGGAAGACAUGGUGCACUACGUGGAUGUGAGGGACGCGUGGGACCGGCAGGAGUGCGAGUGCUGCUUCGACCGCGCCGUUAGCUACUGCGCUCAGCUCGCACUUCGCAUGGUGGGCCUGGCAGCAUUCCGAUCCCUCCUUCUCACCCGCCUGCCUGACUCCAUCCCGCUUGUCCCUUUCAUCCAUCCAUCCGGCGCCAUUGCUGAGUACUCUGCAGGGGUGCACAUGAAGCCUCUGGACGGCUCGCCGCCUCAGCCGGUGUUGGGCGUCAAGUGUGUGGUGGCGCCCAUGCGCUGUGCCGAGGCGAUGAUUCUCGAGUGGAUGGCUGAGCCUCUUGUGCAGCUGGGGGCGGCCAGGCAGUUCGAAACCGACUGCUUAGCGUCCAUGCUGGUGCAGGUGCUGGGGGUGAAGGGGAGUGCUGAGGUGCAGGAAGGGUUUGGGUUCUUCGUGCAGCAUGUGCUGUCAGGCGGGCUGGAGAAGGCGCACGCAGAGGGGAGGGGCGGAGCUGAGGGGGGGGCUGCUGGGAAUGCGCAGGGGGAGGAGGGACGGGCGGAUGGCGAGGGCAUGUAUGUGAGUGGAGUAAGCGCCACAGAUUUCGCUCUCGCUCUGGCCCUGGAGCUGUCUAACCCAGAGAGCUGUAUGGAGGCGGUUCUGUACAUGCUGGAUGGGAACAAUGCCAAUAAGGUGAGAGUGGAAGAGGCAGCAAUCGAGGAGGCUGGGAGCAGGCUGAGAAGAGGGGUAGAUGGCGCUGGCAGCAGCUACGGCUCCGGUCUCAUGCCUGUCAACACAAGUCCUGUCCUCGCAGCCUUCACGUAUCGAGUUGCCCGCAUCUUACACUGGGUUCGAUUCUACGGCUCAGAUAUCCUCUUCGUGAAAGGAUGCUCCAGGAGUAGGAGAGAGAAAGGGAUCCUGCAGAUGCCCCACCCAUUUCGAGACCUUCCAAGCCUGCUGAUCAGGCUUGGCGCCAUCCCCAAGCCUCUUGAUGAUGCUGAUUUUCCUAUGGAGUGGGAGGAAUGGUCGCAGGGCGAUGAAGCUGCUGCGAAGCUUCCCGAUGAUCCCGAUGCGAGAUUCUUUCGGCUGGGUAUUCUAGAGGAGAGUGCUACGGGAGUGGAGAGCCGGCAUAGGGUAAGAGAACAAAUUUCAAAGUGUGGGCGGAAGCACAUCAAGGAGAAGGGGCGAAGAGCCAAGGCAUCUGGCCAAGCAAGUGACGUCACAGGUGGUGAUACAAACGGAGGGUUUGGGGAAGAACAAGGAGGCGUUUCACAUGCGUCGGGCAUGGCUGCUGUGCGGCCGCCGCCUCCGAGAGGAGAGGUGCCCAUCAUUCGGUGUGUGGAGGAUGCGGAGUUCAUGGUGGAUGCCACCAGCCUCAUUGCGAGCCCACCACCAUGCGCCAGCUGCAUCCAUUGCUACCGCACCUACACCUCCUUCGUCCCUUCCAUCGCUCUCGUCGCCAAGUUUGUCUACCGCCCCCUCCACGUCCUCGUCAACCGCUUUCUAUCCGUCUUCCCGCCGCACUCCACCGGGUUCGACUUGCUUGUCAAGGCCAUGGGGUUGUCGCCGUUCCCCCCGGGCCCGCCUGCGCUGGCCAACCUGGCCAGGCUGCGUGGGGAGAUCGAGGCGGAGCGCCUGGGCUUCUUCAUGUUCGUCGCGCUCACGUGGCCUGCCUCCAUUCUGGACCUGCCGCAGUUCGAGAGCAAACGGGCGGAGGAGGGGGAUGGGAUCCGCGUGAAGAAGUUGGUGGGCAGGAAGAAAGGGACGGCACGAGGGGAGGAGGAGGAGGAGGAUGACGGGGAGGUGUGGGAGGAGCUGCAGUCGUGGUGCUACACGGCGUCGAUUGCGUGGCCGUCUGUCAUGCGCAUUGCAUUGAGCAAGUCCGACGGCGAAUCAGCAGGUUCAGGUCUGAGUGGGGUGUGUAUGGGCAGUGAGGGGCGUAAAAAGAGGGCGGACUUGGAGAGGCGGAAGGCCAACAUGAUCAACACAGGGGCGGCAAAGAGGAUCAGACAAAGGGUGCGAGACCGCGCUUGA